GGCUAAACCAGUAGUGGAAAUAGGUGCACCUAAAAGUAUAUUACUCUACGCUACUCUUUGGUUGCGUAACAUUGAUAUACGUUAGGUGUAUUUACACAGAUCGCUUAUGCUUACUGUCUACACAUUUUGAAAAGCAAAAUCUUUUUCUAGGCAAAGUCCGUCAACGCAGUUUUCAUUUACGUCUUUUUUUUCGGGUUAUUUUAAAAAUAUUGUAUAUUUAAAGAUGGACAUUUCAUCAUUGGACCUUAGUUGGCUUCCCUCUGAUGCUGACGAGCAGCUUGCUUUGGGCUUUAGGAUCAUUUCCAAUGCUUACAAGACAAGGGUAACUUCAUUGGAGGCUGAGAUUCGUACUGUUCGUGCAGCAGCUGCUGAAAAGGCUGAGCAUCUUGCUGCAUUUCAGAAGAAGUACAGCAGCUUGGAGGUUCAGCUUAUCGAGUGCACUCAGCGUGGCAACCAGUUGGCCGAUGAGAACCGCAACUUGGUUGCUACUAUCAAGAAGUUACAGCGUGACAUCGAUCGCUUGGAAUCCUUGAAACGUGCUGUAUUGCACUCUAUUCAGGAGGAUCGCGGUGACAGUGACCAGGACUACAAGUAUUACAGCACUGAUGACAUGCUCCACAGCACUGCUCCUCGUACCAUGAUCGAACUUGCUGGUGGUGACACUAUGGACACCUUUAUGAAGCGCUACAAGGGCAAGACUCCUUACAGUGCCAACAACACUCCUACCACUAAGUUGACCACUGUUGAGAAGGGUACUGUGGAUGGUCGUAGUUUUGUGAACAUGGCUCGUGCCACUUUGAGUCCUGAAGAUUUGAAUGCCAUUGUUGCCAUUAUUCGCAAGUUCAACGCUCAAUUGCAGACUAAGGACGAGGCGUUAACUGCUGCUCAGCAGCUUUUGGGUGAAAGCAACCCUAAAUUAUUUGAGGAGUUCAAGUUGUUGAUUCAGGGUUGAAUAUUUUAAUUACAUUUUAUCAUACAUCAUGAUUAUAUUUUCCUAUUGAGUAUACUCAACAUGGCGUUAAUGUACUGUUAUUGCU